GACCUGAGAUGUGAAACCAGAAGAGACAAUCACAUUCACGAGGAGGAAGAACUGCAGCUCAGGAGAACAUGAACAAAACCUUUUGUAUUGUCAGCUUUGAUUUCUCCGGCAGAUUCCUGCCUCCUGUUUUAAUCUUGGUCUUCAUCGUCGGCCUGGUUGCUAACGCAUGGGGGUUGAAGUCUUUGCGGCAGAACUGGAAGAAACUGGGAAGCGUCAACGUGUUUGUUCUCAACCUGGGACUUGCAGAUAUUUUAUAUCUGCUCACGCUGCCAUUUCUAGUGGUUUACUACUUCAGGGACAGUGAGUGGAUCUUUGGAGCUACAUUCUGCAAGAUAACGAGAUUCUGCUUCAACCUGAACCUCUACGGCAGCAUCGGAUUCCUUACCUGCAUCAGCGUGUACAGGUACCUGGCUAUUGUUCACCCGAUGAAAGUGUUGGGAAGAAUCACUGUCACUCAUUCUGUGAACAUCUCAGUCCUCGUGUGGCUGCUGGUGGCUGCCCAGAGUCUUCCAGACGUGUUCUACAUCAAGACGUCUAGAAACCGCACUGAGAGCUGCUACGAGACCACACACAGCGCAUCCGUGGAGGAUUACCUGAACUACAGCCUGGGGAGGACCCUGACUGGGUUUUGUAUCCCACUCCUCAUCACACUGGGCUGCUACGGACAUAUGAUUAUUACACUUUGCUCCAAAAACAACGUCGACAAGGAUCUGAAGCAAAGGAGCCUAAGGUUGCUGUUCAUUUUGAUCCUUCUCUUCUCUGUUUGUUACAUCCCCUAUCACCUGUUCAAGAACCUAAAUCUCUGGUCAAGAGUUCUGAGAAAACACGGGAACUGUCACAGGUGGUCCAACGGAGUUUACAUCGCCCAUCAGAUAGGUCGUGGACUGGUUUGUCUGAACAGCGCCAUCAACCCUCUGGUUUACCUUAACGCAAGUAAAGACUCCGACUCAGUUUUGACAUCUGCUCGUCAAGCCAUCAUGCGCCCGUUCACCACCACGGUUUCUACAGUGUGAAUGAAGAUCAGCAAUUGCAUCAUCUGUAUUUAACUGGAUUGAGCUACCCACUGUAACAUAUUCCCUUUUUAAUCUGUGUUUCAAAUUGCUGGUAACACGCUAAAAAAUUAAAUGUCAGCUCCGACUGUCUCUGUUUUAUUCUAGUGGAGGUUUGCGGAGAGUUUGCAGCACGUGUUGCGGUUGAAGAUGUAUUCUAGUUUUAAAAAAGAGGAAGUUGACUGAAUAUAUUUUUAUAGGAUGCAAAUUGUAGAUGAGUUUCACAUAAAAAAAAACUAUUUCUGCUUGAACAUCGAAGCCGUGCACUGUGUUCAGGUCAGGAUGCUUUUGAUUUGUUUAGACUGUAAAAGGACAACUGCAGAUUUAAGUGUCAAUAUUUAUACUCAAAUUUGGUCCAUCAACCAUUUGCAUUUCCAAAUUUAAUGAUUUUUUUCUGCGUGUGAAAUGGUCAUAAU